UUGUGAGUGAGGUGGGGGGGUGGGGGGGUGGAGUUAAGAAUUACUGCUGUCACUUUAGGUAUCGUGGCUGUUAGUCAGUAUAUGUCCGAGCGGCAUGCUAUGGGAUCAGAGAGAAGACCUUCCAGCAGCAGUAUGGAGAUGACAGCGCUGGAGGAGAAGGUGGACACCCUGAGCCGGGCACUGGAGCAGCUGCUGUCGCGUGCAGUGUGCGCGCAGUGCGGUGCCUGCCAGUGGCACGCCCAGCAGCAGGAGGAGCAGGCUCGGCGCCUGGAGGCCCUGGAGCGGCUGGUGCUGGCCAUGCACGCGCUCUUACAGGGGCCUGUGUCGGUUGUGCCUGAGAAACUGAGGCUGCCAACUGGCCGUGAGGGGGCCAACAAGCCAGGGACCCAGCCUGCACCUGAGAAGGAGCUGCCAAACAGGACCUCAUCCUCCCUCAGAGUGCCGCUGGGGUUACCCACUGCAGAAAGAAAGGAGGCGCUAUUUAAUUUGGGAAACAGAAGUCAGAGCGUAACACUACGGGAUACCCAGCCACCUGCCAAAAGAGGUGCACCAACACAGCAGAUAGAUGAAGAGGGAAAGGCAGAUAACAAGGGUCAGAGGGUAUUCAAGACAAACCGAACAGAACUUGCACCCUCAGCACAGUCACCCAGAGUCAAUGUCCCCAAAGUGCAGGAAGGAUCCGUGAGGACAGAGUGUGACAGGAGCGGGAGAAGGAGGAAAUCCUUACCUCAGACAAAGCUGGGGCUCAGAGAGGGGAAGGAGGCUGGAGGCAGACAGGGAGAUGGAAAAGAGCCGGGCAGCGCUAGUCAGGGAGAGCAGCGACAAGCAGCGUGCGCCGCGGCUAAGGAGACAUCUGGCAGUGUGCUGACAGAGCCCAAGGCCAGCAGGAAGGCCUCCUUGCCAAACGCGUCGCUGGUGACAAUUCCUGAACCCGAGAAAUCGAAAACGCCAGACGAGCUCGCGGAGAAGUCGCUACUGACAGUUCCCAAAGCGACGGACGAAGGCUCUACGCUCCGGCAUGUCAGCAGCUGCCCAGUGUCGCUGCAGAGGCUGCAGAGUUCAGAAGCUUCUCCCAGCCAGCUGGCAAAGGCAGGCAAUUCAGCUCCAGGAUCAGCACAGAGGAAACACUCAGCGGCCUCCAGCAUACAGAUUGAAAUCAGCCCAGCACCCGCAGCCCCUCCCAGACCAAAGGCACCACCACAGACCUGCUGCAAGGUGAUAGACGACGACCCUCCGCUUCCUGCCCCUUUCCCUCAUCGCAUUGUAUCUCUGAGGCCCAGCCAACCCGCCGAGUCCUUUACCAUCAACACCCAAUCUCUUCUGGGGGGUGGGCGCUUUGGCAGAGUGCACAUGUGCAGUGAAAAAACAUCUGGAUUGAAGCUGGCGGCAAAGAUCAUAACAGCACGGAAUGCUAAAGAGAAGGAGACGGCACUAAAUGAGAUACAGGUGAUGAACCAGUUGAGCCACCCCAAUGUCAUCCAGUUGUACGAUGCUUACGAAGCCAGGAACGAAGUGGUGUUGAUUUUGGAAUACGUAGAGGGGGGGGAGCUCUUUGAGAGGAUUGUGGAUGAGAGCUCACCUCUGACUGAGCUUGACGCUAUGAUCUACGUGAAACAAAUCUGUCAGGGCAUUCAAUACAUGCACCAGAUGUAUGUCCUACACCUGGACCUUAAGCCUGAGAACAUUCUCUGUUUGAGUUGCACUGGACACCAGGUGAAGAUCAUUGACUUCGGACUGGCCAGGAGGUACAAGCCUAGAGAAAAGCUGCGUGUGUCGUUCGGAACGCCAGAGUUUCUGGCUCCAGAGAUCGUUAACUUUGACUUUGUCUCUUUCCCCACUGACAUGUGGACGGUUGGCGUGGUCACCUACAUGCUACUGAGUGGCCUGUCCCCAUUCUUGGGUGAUGAUGACAGCCAGACCCUCAACAAUGUCCUGAUGAUAAAUUGGUACUUUGAUGAAGAUGCUUUUGAGCAUGUCUCAGCUGAAGCCAAAGAUUUUGUUUCCAACCUGCUCAUCCGAGAAAGGAGUGGGCGUCUAAGUGCAACACAGUGUCUGAAGCACCCUUGGCUGAACAACAUUACCGAAAAAGCCAAGCACAACAAUGUUGUCCUAAAAUCGCAGGUCCAGCUUAAGAAGUACAUCAGCAGGAGGCUCUGGAAGAAGAACUACAUAGCGAUAGCGGCUGCUAACAGGUUCAAGAAGAUCAGCAGCUCAGGUUCUCUUACCACUCUGGGGAUCUGACAGCUUCAAAAGACAUCAUUUACACAGGAAUGAUUGUCUGGCAACUUCCUUCUGUUCAGUUGAGUUUUCGCGCCACUAGAGGGCACCACUGCAGUGCUCAUUAUUAGCCUUUAUAGGUAUUUAGAGUUUAUAUCAUUUUAUUGUUUAUUAUUUUGAUGCAAUAUGUUAAUUGGAGGGAAACUGUUGAUAAGCACUUGUGCGGAAACUGUGUUGUUUAAAUGUUGAGCUUGUCAGAAUUUUGUGAAGUAAGAGACAAAGUAUGUUUACAUGAAUUAUAAGAUUACUGAUAGGACCACGGACAGUAUUUAGAAUCUAAAAGCAUACACUUUCCUAUUCAGUAUCUUGUCAUUGAUUUUGCCAUCAACACUGCAUGUAUUUCAGUGGAGACUAUGAACUAAAAUCUGUUUAUGGCCUCCACCACUGGUUUUUUAUUAUAGAUUUAUUUAUUUAAUUUGGUGUUCUGUUAAAAGUAAUAGAUUUGGUUAUGUGGGUUAACCAUCUACUUAGGUACCUAAAUCAAAGUGUGUUGCAGCACCAUGAGCAAAGAACUAGAUCUUUUUUUCCUGAAAAAAUAUCAGUAAGUGAUCAAAUGACCUUCAAUGUUACAUGUUUACCAGGAAAGCCAAGCCGAGGCAAGCCAAGUCACAACUGACUGUGGAACUCGUAACAUUUUUCAUGUGCCUUUCAUUUCUCAGCAUUUCUAUGUAUCUUGCUUUAUAUUUGUAAUCUUUAAUCUAAAUUUCUUUACCUUAGUAGUGAGUCCGGACAACCUAUUGACCACAAGUGUAGUUAUAUAGGUUUUUUGCUGUCUGUGUUAACACUGGGUAAAUUUGGUCCAUUGAUUUGUUCGUGUUUUUAAAGCAACAUUAAUUUUUCCUAAUAUGUAUGAUCACGUACUGAGUUCCUCCACUUUUUUCUGUUUUUAAUCCUGGGUUUUUCACAAAUUCCAAGAUGCGGCAGAGACCAGAUGUCACCCUGGUCACUCCAUCCAAACUUUUCCCUAAACCGAAUCUUUGAAAUCCCUGGUGCUGUGAGAAGGUGAAGAACAGUCCUGAUAAGGGCACCGCGAUCUUUGACUCACUGUGUCUGCUGGCUUUGGGCCAAGCAGAGCUCUGAAUUGGCCGAAAACCAAUAGUCACAAUGAGUUACAAUGACCAGUGAUACUAACCAUCCGGCGGUGGAGACGUGCCUUAUAGAGUCUGAGUAAAACUAUAUUAAUUGGUGUGCUAACAACAAUGCUUUGAACUUAUGUCAGCAACAGUGUAGGAGAGAGCUUGAUAUUGCGGAGGUCACAACUCAAUAAUUUAUAAUUCCAAAUUAAAUAUUAGGGGGUGCAUGUCCACCUGUUCCCAUGAUCCUGUACAUGAGUAUUACCAGUGUUUUUCUUUCCGACUUGUUGGUUAAAUGAAAGCCCUGGAAUUUCAUUAAAUUUGUUUCUCUUGCCCUGAACAACAUAUCUUAAAAAAUGAAUAAAAUGGAAUGUAAGUGGCAUCCAGAACGGA